AAAAAAACUCCCAAAAUCGCAGCCCGCGCGGACGACCACCACCGGCGGAGGCGGAGUAGCAGCAGCAGUGGAUGGCGCCGCUCGUGCCGACGUCGCAGCCAUGGGUGGAGAAAUACCGACCGAGGCAGGUGAAGGAUGUGGCGCACCAGGAGGAGGUGAUCCGGGUGCUCACCAACACCCUUCAGACCGCCGACCUGCCGCACAUGCUGUUCUACGGCCCGCCUGGCACCGGGAAGACUACCACCGCACUUGCCAUUGCCCACCAGCUCUACGGUCCAGAACUGUACAAGUCAAGAGUUUUAGAGCUUAAUGCUAGUGAUGAUCGUGGAAUUAAUGUGGUGAGGACAAAAAUCAAGGACUUUGCUGCUGUCGCUGUUGGUUCUGCACGAAAAGCGGGUUAUCCCUGCCCACCAUACAAGAUCAUUAUUCUCGAUGAAGCCGAUUCGAUGACAGAAGAUGCCCAGAAUGCUUUGAGGCGUACUAUGGAGACUUACUCCAAAGUUACUAGAUUCUUUUUUAUAUGCAAUUAUAUUAGCAGGAUAAUAGAGCCACUUGCAUCCAGAUGUGCAAAGUUUAGGUUCAAGCCUCUUUCAGAAGAAGUGAUGAGCAGCCGCAUUUUGCAUAUAUGCAAUGAAGAAGGCCUCAAUCUUGAUGCUCAGGCAUUGUCCACACUAAGUGCCAUUUCUCAAGGUGAUCUUCGCCGUGCUAUAACCUAUCUUCAGAGUGCAGCGUGCUUAUUUGGAUCUUCUAUUUCUUCCAGUGACUUGAUCAGUGUUUCUGGGGUCAUCCCUGAAGAUGUUGUGAAGUCACUGCUUGCAGCUUGCAAAUCUGGUGAAUUUGAUGCGGCAAACAAGGAAGUUAGCAACAUAAUUGCAGAUGGGUAUCCAGUUUCACAGCUGAUAUCACAGUUUCUAGAUGUGAUUGUCAGCGCGGAUGAUAUUCCAGAUUUGCAAAAGGCAAGAAUAUGUAUAAAGCUUGGGGAGACUGAUAAGUGCUUGACCGAUGGGGCGGAUGAGUAUUUACAGCUUUUGGAUGUCGCCAGCGAAACUAUCCGUGCUCUUUUCAACAUGUCACAAGCGUUGGUCUUCUAAGAGAAGUUCAUGAAGAGGAACAGUGGCGAUGAUGACUGAUGAACUAUCUAAUCUUGCUGCUAAGAUGUUGCAGAAGGCUAACCUUUCUCGCCAUCAUGUUCUUCCGUUUUCUGUAGCUUUGUGAUGGUUAUGUACCAACUGAAUUGCACCUUUCAACGUGAUAUCUUGUGCAUUAUAUUUCCUUUCUCUU